AUGCAGAUUAUAGAUCUGCAGUCCCAAUUGGAAUCUCUCGAGGAGCAGAAUCGCGCACUGGAAGAGGCAAAGCUCCAAGCUGAAGCCAGCAUCCAGCAGGCACAGCUGCAACGCCAAGUCGAGGAGCAAGUCAUCUCCGAGGCUGUCUCAGCACGUGAUCGAGAGAUUCAACAGAAAGAUAUGGAAAUUGGACAGCUGCGUGACUCGCUUCAAACCGUGCAACAAGAGCUUGCCCGCCUCUCUGAAUUCAACAAAUCUCUUAACGAAGCCAACCAGAAUUUGACGAGCGACACAAAUGAGCGAUAUGCACAGCUUCAAGCUGAAGGCCAGCAAGUACACGACAAAUGGCAACAAUCUACGCGGGAGCUCGAAGAGCUGCGUACCCAGCACACUCAACUCACAAGUGGCAUGGAAUCAGCGUUACGACAUGAAAUCUCACUGGCUCUCGAUGAUCGCAAUGCAGAAAUCGAACGUCUCAACAAAGAGUUGGCGAGUGCAAAAGAACAAAUCCAAACGUUGCAGAAACAAUUACUGGCGACAAAGAAGAAAGACGAAAGCUUCCUCACCGUGAGAGAUGAGGACUACUUCGACAGUGCCUGCCAACAACUCUGCCAACAUGUGCAGCAGUGGGUGCUGCGAUUCUCUAAAUUUUCCGACACACGAGGAUGCCGAUUGUCAACCGACAUUGCGGCGGAUCAACGACUAGACUCUGCCACACGACAGAAGAUCGAUACCCGUCUGGACAAUGCUAUUCUUGAUGGCUCAGAUGUUGACAUACUUCUAGCGGACCGCGUGAGGCGACGAGACGUCUUCAUGUCGGUCGUGAUGACAAUGAUCUGGGAAUAUGUCUUCACACGAUACCUGUUCGGUAUGGACAGAGAACAGCGACAAAAACUUAAAUCUCUCGAGAAAACAUUGACAGAAGUUGGCCCAACGCGUGCAGUAGCACAGUGGCGCGCAAUUACCCUCACACUUCUAUCCAAACGUCAAGCUUUCAUUCAACAGCGCUCUCAGGACACCGAGGCCGUUGUUCAUGAAGUCUACAGUACUCUUGCAACUCUUCUCCCCCCACCCUCGCACCUCCAGCGGCAAAUCCAAGAAUCCUUGCGCAACGUCAUGCGCCUUGCCGUGGAACUUUCCAUUGAGAUGCGUACGCAGCGCGCAGAGUACAUCAUGCUUCCUCCACUGCAACCCGAAUAUGACACCAACGGCGACCUCGUUGCCAAAGUAACUUUCAACGCCCAGCUCAUGAAUGAGCGCUCAGGCGAAACAACUUCAAACGACGAAUUGCAAGCAAGGAACGCAAUAGUCAAGAUUGUGCUCUUCCCACUAGUCGUCAAGAAGGGAGAUGACUUCGGAGAGGGCAGCGACGAGAUCGUGGUCUGUCCUGCCCAAGUGUUGAUCGCCAAGGCGAAAGACCGAAAAGUUGUCAGAGUGAUGAGUGGAGCAAUGAGCAUGACCUCAGCGCAGAGAAGCGCAUUGAGCCUUGCACCACCAAGUUCGAUCAUGGAUACCAGCGGGAGUAAUGUCAUUUAA